GGCAGUGUGACUACGGUAGGAGUAGGCACUACUAGGCAGAUUGCCAGUAGUACGCAGCGUGGCUGUUUCUGUCAGAUUUUGCCAUCAAGAGAGAGCACGUUCCAGAGAACGUGUUUGCUUUCUCCUGUAAACUAGCCAUACUAAGGAUAUUUCAUAUCCAAUAUCGUAUCCUGAUAAUUAUUAUAAUAUCCAUAUCCCAACCCUUCGAUCUAAUAUUUGCGGAUAUAUAGUUGUAUGGACAAUUGGACAUUGAUAUUGGAUAAUUAUAUUCAUGGAUAUAUUCCAUUAUAUCCAUAUCCAGCAAUCAAUGCCAUAGUGCUGAAUAUCCACAACCUUACGCUAAAGCAUAGUACGAGUAUAAUUACAGUAUAUCAUUUAGCGCAACAGGCUGCUUUCCGGAGGCGUCCUGCAAGGUGGUCUCGUUCCCGAGUCUCCGAGUCCGAGUAGCAGACGUUUGUUCUCUACGGAAUUACUUCCUAUAAAUUACCCGCAAGACCGCUGCAGAAAGUCCUGAUGUGAAAUACGACGUAGUCGUAUGAAAUCCGAAUAGGGAUGGUACAAACAACAGUGCUAGAGAAUCUGGCGUCUGUGAGCAGCAACUUUCUACCCAGAAAUAGAACGCUUGGCAAAACUUUUCGAUGCAGUAAACCUGAAUCUGGGUCUGUGAUGCGACGAUGUGCAACAACGUUAUCCGAUCGUUUGAUUGCUCAGAUUCUUCGUUUCCCUGUGAGAUUUUUCCCGGCACCGACAUCUACCAAUGGAACGCGGUGGAUGUGAAGAACUCCGAUGGACUCCUCGAGCGCGGUGUGGUCAUCAAUACCCUCCGCCGCGGUCUCCUCGUGGAUUUCGGCGUUCCCGGCCGUCGCGCCCAGGUCGUCGAUCUGAAGAGAGCGCAGCACUGUCUGAGUUCCCGACAGCAGCGUUCCGCACCCUUCAGCGACUGGGACGAAGAGUUUAAAAAUUGGCAAAACACUCCUUCGUCUCCGGCUAACUUUCAGGUACUUGCGCGGACCGCCGCCGACCGCCCGUGGACGUGGUAUCGUGCCGUGUUUCUGGUGCGGCGCGUCCUAUGGAGUAAAUAUGCUUACAUCCGAGUCCAGUUCGGUCAGAGUUUCGUGAAUAUGUACGCCAGCGCCCUGAUGGUGCGACGGAUGCCCCGCGACUGGGGCGCGACACACAGAGUCCGGGUGGAGGACUACGUCGUACGAGUGUGUACCCUCCCGCCAGAAUAUACAGCAAGACUGCCGGUGGACCCGGCGCUGUGGAAUCUGUGGAUGGAAAUGCUGAUAUCGCUGCCUGGCUGCGCAGCGUAUCCGACGUGUGUACAAAAUGGCAGCCUACUGUAUCUGCAGAACAGCGGUGGGCCCGCGAAACCGACGCCAUUAUCAGAAGGCGAUCUAAAUCGGGUAUGUGAACUGGCCAAAGCGGAGAAGAUGCGGCGGCUACAGGCUGGCUGGACCUUCAACGACGAUCAGUGGAUACCUCCCGAAAACCAGCUCGGAAUUAGUAGUGAACCUCCAAUUCUGACCGCCGCAUUCCCACCGGAACUCAUGCGAGAGAUUCUUUCCUGUUUCGGCAUGAACGAGCGACCGUUCUACCGCCGCGUCAGCCCGCUCUGGGACGCGAUCAUGAAGCAGGAUGAUGACCGCCAGCGCCUGACACUGACCUUUGAUGACGCCGGCACAGCAGGCUGCUCCGGAGCCAUGGGCAUUAUCAAGUAUUUAACCGCCGCCACGGAGGUGGUCGUCAUUACCAACGCCAGGCAAAGCAUGAUGCUACAGGAACUCGGCGACUGCUUGCGCUUGAUCAGCGCUGUGGUCCAGCAACACGGUAACCGCCAGAGAAAGUUGCAGGUGGUGUUCCACCGCUGCCGCUGGGAACUAGGUGAUGACCGCCUCCCGGCGGAAGUAAGGCUUUUGGCGAAAACGUGGGCGGAAGCUGAGGCCGCCGUCGAGCGCAUCGUCUGGCGCAACUGCCGCUUGUGUGGUAUUGGCGAUGAACAGAACGAGUGUGUUGUGGUCAGUGACGUCACCACCUACCCUGAUAUGGGGUGGAAUCUGCGGACGGAUUUGUAUGCGUUGCUGGAGCGCCAUUUGUUGUGGCCGGAACAUCGGAUUCCGCUGAAUAUCGACGGUUUGGGACGGUGGAUUGCGAAGGAAGCGCGGCUGAAUGUAGCGUCGGACAACUGUGCCACCAUUAAACGGAUACUAGAGACCUAUCAGAGCAAUGAUCCCCGUCCGACAAACCGCUACCGUGGGAAGCCUGGCUGGAGCGGGCAAGAUCUGCGUCAGUUAGAUAUAAAAACGUUGUCAACGCUGACGCUGUGGGUACUGCACUUAACCAUGCUGUCGCAAGCGCAGUUUAAUCUGCGACCGUUUCAUCGGCGACCUAUCGUUAGGUCGACCGAACGACUGCCAACUACUAGAUAAUGCUUGUCCAAAGAGUUCUUGUUAAUAGCGUAUUAUUUAAAUUAACUUAAAUUUUGGCUAAACGGUUUAAUUGCUUAAACUGCAUCGGUUGAAGCUAUGAGUCUGCUGAAAUUUUACGACAAAAUUUCUGGCGGUUAACCAGAAGUACAGUAGUUGAAAGUUGCAAUCGGUUAGCCACAGUUAACCAAGACUGAACAUUUUUUCCAGCAUUGAAAAUGGGUUAGUUACUGUGUCCAAACUGUUAUCAUCGGCAGACGUAAAAUGCAGUACGCUAUAUAGCGGCAUCCCAAUUACUUCAACUCAAGGGACGACCAAACCCAGCUUUACGGGUUUAUUCAUACAUUAUGGAAUAGUGAUUGUCUGCGGGUUGGGCACGCUAUCAAUCGAACUGAAAACAAAACGCAGAUAAUUAGUGUCAAAAGCCUUUAAGCCAUGUACGCUGCCGUUUAUCUGUACGCGCAGUGCGCGGACAGAUAAACGGCAGCAAGUAAGUACUGCAAAACUACCAUACAUUACAACUCGUAGUAUGGAAAGCGUAGUUUGCGUACAAUGCGGGUUGGUUCUCCGAGUUUUUGCCCAUUUCACGCCGUAAGCCGAUGAGUUGUUCGGUUUCUUCAAUUAGUUUAACCGCCUUAAGUAAUCUGUCGUCGGGUGCGGUCAAGCCUUCUUUGGGCAUUGUAAUAUCGGCAUAAUCACUACUGCAGCAAACAACGAGCAAUAGAAUUUUGGUUAAUCGAGAAAUUUUAUUAGCUAACAAACACAAUUUUUCGAACAUUAUAUUCCUAAAGUACUGAUUUUAUG